AGCCCCAGCCCCGGCAUUCCCAGGUGUCCCCAUUCGGUGAUCAGCACUGAACACAGACACUCACCAUGGACUCUGGGCUGCGCUGGCUUUUCCUUGUUGCUCUGUUACAAGGUGUCCAGUGUGAGGUGCAGUUGGUGGAGUCUGGGGGAGGCUUGGUCCAGCCUGGGGGAUCCCUGAGACUCUCCUGUGCAGCAUCCGGAUUCACCUUCAGCAGCUAUGACAUGAGCUGGGUCCGCCAGGCUCCAGGGAAGGGGCUGGAGUGGUUGGCAGACAUUAAUGGUAAUGGUGGCAGCACAAGCUACGCAGACGCCGUGAAGGGCCGAUUCACCAUCUCCAGAGACAACGCCAAGAACACGUUGUCUCUGCAAAUGCACAGCCUGAGAGCCGAGGACAGGGCCCUGUACUACUGUGCCAGUGACACAGUGAGGGGACAUCAGUGUGAGCCCAGACACAAACCUCCUGCGGGGCAGCGCGGGGUGGCAGUUUCUGACCAGGAUGUGUCUGUGUUUGCAGGUGUCCAGUGUGAGGUGCAGCUGGUGGAGUCUGGGGGAGGCUUGGUCCAGCCUGGGGGGUCCCUGAGACUCUCCUGUGCAGCCUCUGGAUUCACCUUCAGCAGCUAUGACAUGAGCUGGGUCCGCCAGGCUCCAGGGAAGGGGCUGGAGUGGGUCUCAAGGAUUACUAAUGGUGGUAGCAACACAUACUACGCAGACGCCGUGAAGGGCCGAUUCACCAUCUCCAGAGACAACGGCAAGAACACGCUGUCUCUGCAAAUGAACAGUCUGAGAGCCGAGGACACGGCCCUGUACUACUGUGCCAGAGACACAGUGAACCCUAUACCUGGAGCUCAGGUGUGGCCCAGGCUCUGGCUCCUGUGGGACCUGGGAAAGAUAGAUGGGACUGUGUCACCCACCACUGCUGGGACCCUCCUGCUGUCCCCUGGGCAUGGACUCACGUUGGAAAUGCAAGUGGCCAUUAGUAGCUGA